AUGAAUUCAUCAUCUGAUGUAACAACAAUUGACUUAACACUUCCAACAUCUGAUGGACAAAUAAAAUCUUCCGAUGAUGACAAGAUGUCUUUCACAGUGAAGACAAAAAUUGGUCGUCAUGGUCUUGAACAAUAUGUUGAAGGUUUUAAAGAGUAUAUUGCAGGUGAUCUGAAGGGUAAAACAUCUGUCACGUGUAUUUUAUACAAAGUAACUGUUUGGCGUGUGAAAAAUCCUACGUCAAAUUAUUGUCGUCAUUUACAACGUAAACAUAAAGCUGAAUAUGAUUUGUGGUCAAAAAAUGUGAACAGGAUGAAAAAAAUUUCUUUAGAAGACAGUUUAUCUUCGUCUUCUCAUAUAUCAAAAUAUGGGUCAGUUCAUCCUCGUCAAGUGGAAUUAACCCGAAUGGUUUUUAAUGACUUUAACAUUGCACUAGAUUUACCAUUAUCAAUUACUGAAAAACCUGCAUUUAUUCAAGCUAUGAAUACAGUUGAUCCAAAAUUUCGUAUUCCAUCUCGACGGUCGAUCACAUCUGAUUAUUUAUCAAAAUUACAUGAGCAGAUUAUCAACAAAUUGAAAAAUGCAUGUUCAUUAGCUGAUUUUCUCUCAUUAACAUUUGAUGGNAACAACUUCAUACAUAAUACGCAUAUAUAUAGGAGAGAGAUAGAAGAGAGACAGGAGAGAGAUAUAUUAGAACAACGGCAAGAGAACAGACAGAGAAGGAAGGAGAAUCAUCGAACCGUGUCAUCAAUAUCGGCACACUAUUCCUUUCCAUUCCUUUUGAAUAAUCGACCAAAGUUCGAUCUUAUUCUUUGGUGA